GAUGGGGAUGUAUCUGGUCGUGCCUGCGGACCCCGCCAAAAGUUUAAAGCCGUGCCGCUACGCCUUGCCAAUUCAGUCCAGGAGCUUGGACCUGGGGAAUGUUCAUCGUGAGACCUCCAAUUGUAUCAAGUCAACGUAAUUCCCAUAAUUCCCCAUGCAAUUGCGUCCGAGGGCAUUACGAGUCCUGUCCAAUCGGUAUCGAUUUUACUCAAGCAGCGUUCGUUUUUGCCCGGUGCCACUGCUCGAAUCCCUCCAUGAUGAAGACAUAAAUCAUCUCGACCUGGAAAGGCCGGUAGUCUUUCGAAAGCAAUUCAAAGAUGUGCCUGCUAUAUCGCGAUGGUUCACACUUUUAGAAUCAUCUGGCGAGGCUUUCGAAUUGAGAUCGACGUAUUUGAAGCAGCAUGAAGAUCUCAUGGUACCUCUCGAGUUGAGCUCCAAGACAGACUCGCCAAAUCCGCUCGAACAGGUCAAGUUCGAGCGCUUCGAAGGGCCUCUCGGUCUGCUCUUGCAUGACUUGAGGCGAAUCGAGGAUGCUGAUGCGCAGGACAUGCGAUUGUACCUUGCGCAAUGCCCGCUCGAAGACCUCCCAUCGGAUCUCAGGGCAGAUCUACCCACACCCGGUUUCGUUUCGCGCAUAGGAAAUGGAGAUAUCUACGGUUCCAGUCUGUGGAUGGGUAGACCUCCUACAACUACCCCACUUCAUCGCGAUCCGAAUCCGAAUCUAUUCGUACAAUUGGCUGGGAAGAAGACUGUCCGAUUGAUGAAGCCCAGCGCGGGAAGGGAAUUGUAUGAGCGUACGAAGGCAACAUCGGGACGUGCGAAUAUGAGAGGAGAAGAAAUGAUGGUUGGGCAGGAGAGGUGGAAUCUGGAGGAUGCUGUUUGGAAUGACGAAAACGGGGACAAGACCUGGCCAGCCCGGGGUUGGGAAGCGCAAAUAGAGCGAGGGGACGGCUUAUAUAUACCCUUGGGGUAUUGGCAUGCUGUGAGAGGCACUGGACCUGGUAUCAAUGUUUCGGCCAACUGGUGGUUCAGGUGAAUUACUUACCCAACGACACUCUCUCAUGUUUCCAUCUUUGCCAGGAGCGUCCUAAACCGUUGGUGUACAUACCUAUAUUGGAGAGCAUGGGCUGACUGCGAUGAUGGAUCAGUGCAGCCCGCAGCUUAGCUCUUUCCCCUUCACAAAAUCAAGGAGGAAGGGCACAUCGUUCUUCCCUGUAUCAAUCAAUGGCAAAUCAAUGCUUUAUUGACGAAUGUCCUUUCGACUCUACUGUUCCAUUCCCACGAUCUGACCUGAUAUCGUCAGUAUGGAGUUCGUUUUGAGAUGCAAUGAUCUCAACUGCCGCGCACAACUUCACGACCGCGCGGUAGUCACUACUUGCUCUCAUGUCUUUUGUUCGCCAUGCGCAGACGGUUCAGGCCUCU